CUAUAAUCAGACCUCAACUGCCCACUCAGCACACUCAAAUCUCUCAUCCCCUUCUUCACGAGAAUCUUCUGAUAAAAUUCUCAAGAACCCUAAUUUCUUCAGAUCUUCUCAAAUUUCUGAGAAAAUGAAGAUUGUCGGUGCAAAUGUCCACUUCCAGAAGUUAGAAGCCAAGUGCUCAUCACCAACAUUCUUUCAAAGCUAUCUGCAAAUGAUAGCCGCUCAAGAACUCUCCGAAUUUCUUCAAAUGGAGAUUCGCCUCAAAUUCGAGGAAGAAGUUCUUGAAUUCUACAGAAAUGGUGAGGUCAAAACUGCUCAUUCAAAGAAGAACCCACAAAGGACGUUUCCAGUCAUCAAGUCCACUGUUGGAGGUACAAAAGUGAAGCUUUCGCAAAAGAAAUUGGGAGAAAAGCUUCGCCUUCCCAAUUUUGGAGUUGAAGUUGGGAAAUUUCCAGUCAAAAAUCUGGACUGGAACAUCAUUGGAAUCUCUGGGCAAGUUCUUUCUGGCCCAGCAAAGAAAGCAGAUCUAAACAACGAUUACAAGUUGGUUUUGGAACUGGUCAUCGCUUGCCUCGAGUGUGGAAGUGGAGGUCAUGCCGAUGACAUCACCCAGGAGAGAGCCUUCAUCAUCAACUCUCUCAUUACCAAAAUUAAGGUAAACUGGGCUGCACACUUUUUCAAAUCCAUUUCAAAACAUCUAGGAAAGCACAAUCAGAAGUAUCUCUGUCAAGGUCUGUAUAUUGGACAUAUUUUGGAAUCUAUGGGCGCUGCAGUUAAAGGGAAAAAUUAUGAAGCCAGAUACUGGCUAUACUACUUAUCCUACAAAGGAGAAAAUAGAGCUAGUGCUAGUGCCACUGCAGAAGAAAGCUCAUCAGACAAUGUCCCACUCAUCAAUUUCGCAAAGACUACCAAGAGAAAGCAUGUGGUGUCUCCCUCUCCUAGUACUGAAGCACCACAGAAUCUUGCUCCAAUAAAUCUUGAAGAAGAAGAAGAAUCCUCUGACCAAGGAGAACUUCAAAGGAAGAAGAAGAGGAAGAUCAACUCUCCAUCAACAUCUGGAAAUGUCAAUCCGGAUGAGUUGAAGGAGAAGGAACCUGUUGAGGAAACCUCUGCUCAAAACCGGAGCCCUAAACAACUUGAAGAAGAAAUUCCUCAAUUCCAAAGCCUUCCAACCUCAUCACCUCAGCCUCAAAUAGAUGAUGCAGAUAACCAAUUCUGGCAGCUCUACUAUGGUUGGAAAGCCUGGAAAGUUGGAAAUUCAGCAGAGAAUCCUGAAGACUUGCAUCUGGAAUACCUGGCCAACACACCAGUUUCUGACUUUGAAGCAGAUGAUGAAGAUCCUACAGUCUUCAAGUCAGUCUUCUCAAAAGACACAGAAGAUCAAGUGGUUUUCACUUCUGAAGCACAAGGUGUUUUGGAAGUAGCAGCUGAAGAUUUCCAAACACUUCCGGAAACCUCACAUGUUUCUGAAAUGGUUCUAACUAAAGUUGUAGAAGAGAAGGCAACCUCACCCCCACAAGAACAGAACCAGGAAACAGCAGAAGAAGAAGAAUUUCAGCCACUAAUUCAAUCUCAAGUUUUAGAGAUUCUCACCACUCCUUGUGAGAUCUCCAAUCCUACUGAAAUUGAGAUCUCGGAGAAGUCCGCAGAAAUUCCAGAACAGUCAGCUCUUCCAGAAACAAUGGAGCAAGCUGUUGAAGCACAAAGGAAUUCUGGAGAAGCUGAAAAGGAAACUCAAAUGGCGGAACUAGAGGUCUCUCAAACUCCAGUAGCCAUUUUUGAAGAAGAGAAUACAGCUGAAGAAAGAGACUCCCUCUCUAAGGAUAUAUCAAAUUUUGCGCUUGAUGAAGCAGAAGGAGAGUCUGAAAGAACACAGAAGGUUACUGAUGAAGAAGAUGUACAAGAAGAUGCUGAAUCUCUUCCUGUGCAACUCUUCCAAAGAACACCACCAUCUCAUCAGGUAACCAAUUUUCAUUUCCAUAACUCUUCCACCCCUACUCUUCCGGAUGAAAUACCGGAAAUCUGGACAAAGAAGGUCCAAGGGCUGAUUGAAUCAGCCCUAGCAUCUCAACAUGCCUCCUUUAGGCAAGAGAUAGAGCAAAUGAAAGUCAGGCACACCCAGCUGAUAGAGAAAUCUGAAGGAAAACACAGCGCAGAUCUCAAAGAAAUAAGCAAAUCAGUGCAGAAGACUCUGGAGAUUAUCUCACUAUUGAGUGAAACUGUGAGCAACACGAUGGAAAUCUAUGCCUCUGACAGUCAACUUCAACUUAAAGAAAUCAACAAAGUCAAAGAGCAAAUAGCGAGUGUCACAGUUAGUCUCCAAAAACAGAUGUCCCUUCUCCAAAUGGACAUCAGAUCAGCCCUAGCAGUAGCUUCUGCAAAUCAGGUAGUGACCAAAGACUACUUGAAGGUGAUCAUUGACAAUCAAAAGGAAGCAUACAAGCUGUUCAGACUUAUUGGCGCAAAUUCUGGAAACCAUAAGAUGGAAGUAAUUCUCCAACAACACAGUCCAUCUCCAAUACCACAGCUCCCUAUUGCAGUCAAAGAAGGAGAAGUAUCUUAUAUUCCUUCUCAUCUGAACUUGACAAAUCUAAUCCUUGAAGCACAUCAAAGAAAUCCGGAAAACUCAGCACAGCUUCUAUCCAGCUCAGGACUAGAUGGAACAGAAUUUAUAGGUACAGUUGUUGACCACUUCUCAAAUGAUGCUCAAUCAGAAGAGAGACGUGAAAAUUUAAGGCGUAUCAAAGAACUGUGUGGGAACAUGAAGGGCAUCAGUGAAGUUGCCGGAUCUUCAAAGCACAAGAAAAACUGAAGGUUCUUUUCAUCAAAACAGGGGGAAAGUAUGUGAGAACACUAAUGUGUUUUGAUGCAAACACCUUCUUGUUUAAACAUUGCUUGAUUGGUUUAAACAUUGCAAUAUUGCUUCAACAAUUUUCUUAAUUAUGCUUAUUAUGCUUGAUUAUGCUUAUCUCAAGUACGAUUCUGAGAAUUUUUUGAAGCGCAUACUUUCAGGGG